AUGGCGUUCUGGACUGGCCUGCUCCUCAUCAUCCUUAUAGUCCUCUUGCUAAUCUGGGGCCACCACACCUCCUGGGGCCACCUCCCUCCUGGACCCCGGCCUCUGCCCUUCCUGGGGAACAUUUUGCAAAUAGACCACAAGUGCCUCUCAAGGAGUGAGAUCUUGACCCUGCCCACACAGCUGCAGGAGAAAUAUGGUGAUGUCUUCAUGGUCUACCUGGGGCCCUGGCCUGUCAUCAUCCUGUGUGGGUACGAGGUGCUGAAGGAGGCUCUGGUGGAACAGGCUGAGGCUUUCUCUGGCCGAGGGCACAUUGCUAUUGUUGACCCCAUCUUCCAGGGUAUUGGUGUGGUUCUCGCCAGUGGAAAGUCUUGGAAGACCCUUAGGCGAUUCUCUCUAACCACCAUGAGGGAUUUGGGGAUGGGGAAGCAGAGCAUUGAGAAGCUAAUUCAGAAUGAGACUCAGCAUCUGGUGGAGGAGCUGAGGAAAUUCCAGGGGCCCUAUCUGGAUCCCAACUCCCUCUUUAACUCCAUCAUAGCCAACAUCAUCUGCUCCAUCGUUUUUGGAGAGCGCUUUAAUUACCAGGACCCUAGAUUCUUACAGCUGCUAAAUUUACUGAAUGAAGUCUUCACCAUUAUCAGCUCUUUGUACAGCCAGAUGUUUGAAUUUUUCUCUGGCAUCUUGAAACACUUCCCUGGCACCCACACUCGCUUGUCUAGUCUCAUUCAAGAAGUGGAAGAUUUUGUCACUGAGGUCAUUGAGAUGCACUGGAAAACGCUGGACCCCAGUGCUCCAGAGGUCAUUGAUUCCUUCCUGCUCCUCAUGGACAAGGAGAGCUCUGACCCCGAGCGUGAGUUCCACCAUAAGAGUCUUCUCCUCACGGUGGUCCAGCUCUUUGCUGGUACGGACAUCUCCAGCACCACCCUCCGCUGUGCCCUUCUACUCCUUCUUAAGAACCCCGAUGUCUUAGUAAUACCAGAAUCUUUUCCAAGAAUUGCUCUGAAGAUGAAACAUAUUUGUGAAAGCAUCAAAGGCACUACUGUGUACCCCAUCAUCAACUCUGUCCUCCAUGACUCACGGUACUUUGAGAAGCUAGACGUCUUCUACCCUGGCCACUUCCUGGAUGUGGAGGGCAACUUCAGGAAGCGGGAGGCCUUCAUUGCUUUCUCCAUGGGAAACCGCUUGUGCUCAGAGCUCUUCCUCUUCUUGACCUCCAUACUGAAGAACUUUUCCUUGGGCUCUUCCAAGGCCCCAGACGGUAUCGACCUCACUCCACGGAAGAAUGGGCUGGGGAGACUGCCCCCUGUGUACCAGCUCUCCUUCCUGCCCCGCUGGGGAGAGAAGGAGAAGGGAUAUAGUUCCCUUCAGCGUCCUUGCCUCCAGCCUCCACCUGUAUCUACAAUGAACUUUUAGAGGCCGCCUACUCCUCCCUGCUCACUGUCCCCUCUGGAAAGUACCUUCCUGAGUCUCUCCUUCAUCCAGUAUGCUAGGCACCAUUCAUGCCCAAUGGUCUGCACUGCUGACCCAGGAUAAAACCUUAGGGUUUCUGGGCCAAGAAAUACCUUCAGAACCUUAGUGUUACCACCACCUCUAGCUCAGCUUGGGAAACUGAGGCCCAAGUGAGGGAAUGAUUUAAAUCCAAGGUUACCUAGGGUAGCUGAGCAGAAUCUGGUGCCCUGCCACUCUACCUUGUCUCCAUCUAUAUCCCCCACUUCCACCCUCCUGUUUCUUCCUUGAGUUGAAAGAGCCAGGGCAGCCCUCAAGUUCUGUGCCGUGUGACUCCAAAAUGUGUC